AUGAUAAUCUUUAAGCUUAUUUUGUUCUUUAGAUAUUCAAAGAGGGAAGAUGCAACUAACGAUCUGAACACAACAAUUGAGACUGGUGAUCUGGAGGGAAUUGAAAAGUACAACAAAGGACUGUCAAGAGUUUUUUCACAGGUAACCAAGCAACAUAAUGAAGAUUGUAAAUGUCACUUAAGACUAAUGGGUGUGCCUACUAUUGAGGCACCCUGUGAAGUAGAAGCUCGAUGCGCAACUCUUUGCAAAAGUAACAAGGUGUUUGCGGUUGCCUCAGAAGACAUGGAUACUUUAACUUUUGGGGCACCGAGGUUUCUCCAUCAUUUAAUGGAUCCUAGUUCCAAAAAAAUCUCUAUGAUGGAAUUUAAAGUUUCAAAGGUUCUUGAAGAGCUAAGACUCACUAUGGAUCAGUUCAUUGAUUUGUAUAUUCUUACUGGAUGUGAUUAUUGUGAUAGCAUUAAAGACAUUGAGUGUUAUCCUGGAAUUCUGGAAAUCCUUCUCUCAUGUCCAGAAUUUAGAGCUAUGUACGUAACUCGGGAAAUUCGUGAGGCUUGA